UCGACGGCGCUCGCACGGAUCGGAUGUGAAAAGCGGUUGGAAAAGCGCCAGACGCCUAACGUAUCGUUUCUUUUUGAAUUGGAAAACCCGCGUUUGGAAAAUCCCAGACCACGAAAAUAAUCAAAAUAAUAUAUACAGAGUAUAGCUGGCCAAUGUGUAUCUGCGGUUGGAACACAAGUUUUAUGGUGGAAAAUAUCUGAAAAGAAAUAAUUGUGCGCCUUUCGGUUUCGGCUUCACUUCACAUUAUCUAAAAAUAACGGAAAACAAGGAAAAAGAAAGUGAACAAGUGCAAAAAAUUAUCUCGCUAUAUAUAUAUAUAUAUAUAAAGUGAGCCGCAGCCGCUGUUUUUUUUAUACAAAUUAUCGAUCAAAUACAUAAGUAGAGUGCCCUCAACCCAACCCAGAUAACAUAAACUUUCUGGAUGGAUGUUCGAGUUUGGUGACCAACCAAAAACGAGGACGCCGCCAUUUGUUACCUGAGGGGAUAGGCCAAGGUGCCAACAGCUGAAAGAAAGAGUGCACCACAAACAAAAAAGUCACACACCAUCCAAAACUCAGAUUAUGAAUUAUGCAACAAAGCAACCAUAGCAGCCACAAAAGAGCAACUAGAACCACCACAGCACGAACUGCUUAAUGCACACAAGUAGUGGCCCCUAGACUUGGCCAAAUUUGCUUUCCCAGGAGGAUCCGGCGGCGAACAAUAGAGACCAGUCGCCAUGGUGGACGACAUCUCGCCGAUGCAUCAUCGGAUGCAGAAGAAGACGCGCAGCGCCUCCAUUUGUGCCACGGGGGCCAGCAUCGAGACGGUCAUCCACGGGAUGCCCGGCGCCUCCGGAAGUGCCACGCCCGAGGGCGGUACGCCCGGAUACCGCCGUCGCCGGCCGGCCACACGCUCCCAGAGCGCACGCAUCACCUCCGGCGCCAGAUCGGUCCGCCAGAAGACCAAGGCGCAGCAGCAACAGCAGCAGCAGCAGCACACGCUCCAGGAGGCCCGGAGCUACUGCACCAGCGAGCCCCGGCUGAGCGAGACGGAGACGCCUCCACAGCGCCGAAAGCUAUCGCAGCGGAGGCCACAGCCACACGCACAUAGAAAAUCGAACGCCUUCCUGGACGUGCCCACCAUGAACAUGCAUCACCUGCGCGUCAACGACGACGACGAGGAUGUGGACAGAUUGCGCACUUUCAGUGCCUCCAAAGGAGGUAUCAUUAAUCGAGGUGACUCGUUCCGCCGGCGACGUUCGCGGAGCAACAGCCUGGCGCCAUCCAGUCCCAUGCAUACGCGUAAUGGCGUGGGCGGACUGGGGGGCGUGGCCGGCGGUGGCAGCAGCCUGGGACUGGGAUGCGGCUACAACGGCGGCAGCAGCAGCAACGGAUUCGGAAACGCCAAUGCCCAGGAGAACCAUCAGCCGGUGGAGUUCUAUCGCGUGGAAAUGCUCGGAUCGGCGGGCGUGGGCAAACAAGCUCUGAUUUCACAGUUUCGCACCUCGGACUGCAUCAAUGCCUACGAUGGACCCGAAUGCGACGAGGCCGAGCAGAACGUCUCAAUCAUCUUGAAUGGCACCGAGUCGGAGCUGAAGUUCCUCACUGGCAAUCCGGAGAGCAAGGACGAACUGGAGCAGGCGGAUGCCUUCCUGGUGGUCUACUCCUGCAUUGACAAGGAGUCGUUCACGCGGGCCAAGCAGAUACUAUCGCGGCUGCAGGACAUGGACCUUCUGCGCCACCGGCCCACCAUCCUGGUGGCCAACAAAAUUGAUUUGGCCCGCUCACGCGCCGUUUCCGCCCAGGAUGGCAAAUGUCUGGCCUGCACGUUCGGAGCCAAGUUUAUCGAGGUCUCCGUGGGCAUCAAUCACAACUGCGACGAACUCCUGGCGGGCACGCUCACCCAGAUCCGGCUGAAGAAGGACCAAAACCAGCUGCAGCUUAAUCCGAAAAAAUCAAAAGAUAAAAGCAAAAUUAAAGAAAACACAAACGUAGAGACUGUAGAAACUGAUAAUUGUCUGACUGAUCUUAAAGCCAGCGAAGGGGGACCGAGGGAUGCCAACUCGCCGGCGCACUGGUACAAAAGCCGCAGCGUGAUGCUGGCCAGCAUGAAGGCCCGCCAGAUGCUCACCUGGAUCCUGGGCAAGGAGGACUCCAAGUUCAAGCACUGCGAGAAUCUGCAGGUGCUCUAAAAAGAAAGGGGAAAACAACCAAAUCGUCUAUAUACUUACAUAGGGGAUAAGUGUCUCGAUAUGUGAAUAUGUGUAUAACCAGGCAGGCAAAAAGCUUUAUCUCUAAGUGCUACCAGAUGGCUCAUCUAAUAUGUAAACAGGUUUCGACGGUUCGAAGCUCUCCAAUCCCCCUGUAAACAGCCAUUUGCAUACUUACAUAUGGGCAAACAGCUAUUUGUAAUGUCUAACUUAAGCCUGAUAAUCAAAAAUUAAAUCAAAUUUAAUGUAAAACAUAGGGACAUAAUAACGCUAGCAGCGACUAUGUGUACGAGCAACUUAAUGGAACCAAGCGAUAGGAGCAAACCAAAACCAACUAACUAAACUAAACAGAGAACAACACUACUUAUGUACUUAACUAGCAACUUUAGUAACUUUUCUAAGCCAUGAGCAAGUAGGGUGAAUAUUUUUCAUAAGCUGGCUAGCGGCUUAACUAUUUACACGGCGAAAAGGUGUGUAAAAUGUUCGCAUCAAACAGAAUAUAUAUAAUCCAAGGCGAACGAUUUUCGUAUAAGAUUUAUAUAGUAUAUGUGUGUACGUAUAUCGGGUUGCAUCAGUUUGUUAUUUUUAUUUUCUGCAGCUGAGAGGAGUCUUACAGGGUCAUUAACCAAGAGUUAGUUAGCUGCCUAGUCAGAAGUAAAAGAAAUACAGCAACCCUCGAUGAGUGUCCAUUAUAUUACAUAUAUUGUAGAAUUAGAAUUCAAUAUUCUUUGUGUCUUCCUUAGUCAAAUAUGUAUGUGUGUGUCGGUGUGUUUAUAUUAGGGAUCCUUCCAAAAUAGUGCAAUGCAAGGAAUUCGCGUGUCAUCCACAAAGCCUUCAUGUAAAUGUGCUCAAUGUGGAAACAUGAAAA